CCGACUUUAACCAUAGGAGGAGCUCCCCCCCCGCGGCGCAGCCAGCGCUUACAGCUCCAAGGGCGGGCCGACGGCGGGCGCCCCGCCAUGGGGUCGGGCGCGUCCGGCGCGGGCGGCAGCAAGUACCAGGCCCCGCCCGGCGACGCCGGGUCCCCGAGCGGCGAGCCCUGGGCCAGGAGCCUUUUCCUGCGGAGCCGCUCCGUGGAGUCCCCCGCAGCCGAGGCGCCCGCGGCCGCGCGGCGAUCCCGAAAGGCGGAGGACGUCGCCAGGGCGCAGAAGUGGUCCAGGGCGGAGGUGGAGGCGCUGUCGGUCCCGCAGCUGAUCCAGUGGCUCGAGGCCCUCGGCACCGACCUGACCGCCGUGUGCGACAAGGACCGCGUGCUCGCGAGGCUGUGGCAGGAGAUACAGAGGCAGCGGCCGCCGGAGCUCGCCUCGUACGAUCAGCCGGAGCACGUGCUGGACUGGCCGCUGGUGGAGGCACUCCGUUGGCUUGAGCACCUCGGAGGGCUCGACCCCACCGUGUGUGCGAAGGACCAGCUGGUCGCGGUGGUGCUGGAGCGCGGUGAGGAGUUGCCCCCCCCCGACGUCCUGCACGAGCGCGCCGAGGAAGCCUUCGUCACGCAGGUGACGCAGAAGGUGGCCACGGUGAGGCACGCGGCGGUCACGCUGCUGUCCCACCUGUCCGCGGAGAUGCAGGAGGAGGCCGCCCUGGAGCGGAUGAAGCACCCGUGGUGCCCCAACGGCCGGGUCGCAGUGGCUUUCCAGAGCGCCGCCCACAACGUGGCGGCCGGGGCCGAGGGCUCGACGUUCGUCGACGUCGCGGUGGGCGACCACGUGGACGUGACGUUCCAUGAGGCCAGCGGCUGGGCCUGGUGCAUGCUGGACGGUGGUGCACGGCAGGGCUGGGUGCCGUGCAGCUGCGUCAUGGAGAUCGCCCGCGCCAUUGAGGACCACGUGCCUCAAGGCGGCGAGGAGGACGGCUCGAUGGCGCUGCAGAGCGGCCAGGAGCUCCAGGUGGUGCUCCGCCACUACAGCGGCUGGACCCUGGUCAAGACACGCGAUGAGGCGACGGGCGAAGCUGGCGCCCAGGGCACUGAUGUGGAGUUCAAGGGACACGAGGGCUGGGUGCCAGACUGCUUACUGACAGAACACCCCCGCAACGUGUCCAAUAAACAGCAGCACCUCGUCCUCUCCGCGCUGAUGCGGCUUGCCCAGGAGGCCGUCGGGAUCGAGCGGUCUUUCCAACAGCUUGUGGCGGAGGCGUCUGGAGAGCCCCAGGACCGCGAGGUUCACGAGGCCAAGCUGAGCGACCUGUACCAGCAGGUGGAGGCGCUGCUGAAGGAGUACCGCGGCAUCUAUUCCUUGGCCACGGCCCAGGUGGAGAGCGCCGCGGUUGCAAAGGCGGAGCGAAUGGAGAAGAAAGGCGGCGCCCUCGCUAUCAAGGACCCGGAGGGCGCGACCCAAUCUGGGGAGGGAAAAGGCGCAGCGUCAGUGUUGGCGAAGGCCAAGCCCCCGAGAGAGCUGCCAGGGUGGGUGUACCUGGACUCCCAGUGCGUGUGGAAGUCGAAGUCGCAGGGCAAGACCAUGCCAGUGACCAUCAAGAAGAUCUGCGAGGAGCGGCGGCAGGUCAUUGUAGUCUUCAAUGCCGACGGCAAGUCCCGCAAGGUGGUGUCCUUCGACGACCUGAAGGACCCAGACGCCUGCCCCCUGCAGCCCGCGGAGCAGAGGACGCGCAGUGAGCAGAAGCGCCUCCGGCGCGCGGCGCGCGCCGAGCGCAGGGCCAGGAAGAAGCAGGCUGCUCUCGAGGCGGAUGCGCGGAACGAGCACGAGCUCAAGAAGGGCCUGCGCGGCAUGAUCGCUGAGCUGGGAGCGGUGCCCGAGGUGGACGGCCUCUCCAGCGAGAGCUCUUCCAGCGCCCGGAGCUCCUCGAGCGCGUCGAGCGAGUCGGUGGAGGACAUCACCGAGGUGUACGAGCAGAAGUCGAUGCUGUCGCUAGUAGGCUCGCCAGCAUCCAAGCAGGGUCCAGCGUCGCCAGCGCCGUCGUCGCCGGCGCCGGCGCCCAAAGAGGGCCCAGCCACGCCGCGGGGUUUCGGGAGCCCGUCGCCGCCAGAAGCGCAAAUGGCGCCGCGCGGCCCCCCAAGGCCGCCAGCGGGGCCGGUGCAGCCGCAAGAGCAGCCGCCUCUGAUGCCGAGCCCCUGCUUCGGCGACGGGCGAGGCGGCGAGCCCGCGUCUGCCAGGGGGUCUGCCAGGGGGGCCGGCGGGAAGUCGGCUGGAGAUGCCACCGAGAGCUUGGCGUACAGCGACAGCGCACGGACAGGGCAGACCAGCCUGGCCGGGGCCGGCGAGGCCGCGAUUGCGGUCGACGCCGCGGCCAGCGAGAGCGCCUCAGCCGACGUCGCGGCCGACAGCAGGGGCCCCGAGAGCGGGGAUGUUGCCCAGCACCCAGGGCCCGCUGUGGGGGCCUUGGCGGAGCCAGAGCCGGGCGAGGCGGAGGCUGUGGCGGCGCGGGUGGAGGCCGCGGCGGCCUUGGCGGAGCCAGAGCCGGGCACCGAAGGCGAUGUGGAGGCUGCGGCUGCGCCGGUGGAGGCCGCGGCGGCUUUGGCGGAGCCAGAGCCGGGCACCGAGGGCGAUGUGGAGGCUGCGGCUGCGCCGGUGGAGGCCGCGGCGGCCUUGGCGGAGCCAGAGCCGGGCACCGAGGGCGAGGUGGAGGCUGUGGCCGCGCCGGUGGAGGCCGCGGCGGCCUUGGCGGAGCCAGAGCCGGGCACCGAGGGCGAGGUGGAGGCUGCGGCCGCGCCGGUGGAGGCCGCGCCGGCUUUGGCGGAGCCAGAGCCGGGCACCGAGGGCGAGGUGGAGGCUGUGGCGGCGCCGGUGGAGGCCGCGGCAGCUUUGGCGGAGCCAGAGCCGGGCACUGACACCGAUGGCAAGGUGGAGGCGGUGGCGGCGCCAGUGGAUGCCGCGGCGGCCUUGGCGGAGCCGGAACCGGGCACCGAGGGCGAGGGGGAGGCCGUGGCUGCGCCAGUGGAGGCGGGGCCGAGUUCGACCGCAACCGAGCUGGCAGCGGGGGCGGCCGCGCGGGCGGCGCCGGUCCUGGCAGAGCGGGAGCUGGCCACCGAAGGCGAGCCAGUAAUACCGCCCUCACCCAUGGCCGAGCUUGUGGCCAUGGCGGAUGAGGCCGCGCAGUCGGAGUCGAUCUUGGCAGAGCGGGACCUGGCCACCGAGGGCGCAGCAGCGGACGUCGUGGAGCCCCCAGCACUUGUCGAGCUCGUUCCCUUGCCCGAGGCGGCCGUGGCGGAGCCGGCCUCAGAGGAGAGGCAGCAGACCCGGGAGAGCUGCUACAGCGACGCGGCCUUCGAGGAGGACGAGGCCACGACGGAGGACGAGGCCGACGAUGCCGCGGAGCGCCCAGAGAGCGGCUCCGGCUCGUCGGGCAAGUGCGCCGAGGAGGGGGCCGCUCCCGAGGAGGCGCCGCCGGAGCGCCCCUCCAGCCCGGCACCGGCACCGGAGGAGGCCGCGCCGCGGGCGGACGCGAGCCCGGGGGAUGCUGCCGGGGAGGGCGCGCCCCCCGCCCUCGGCGGCGACGGGAGGCGGGAGAGUGGAGCCUCGUCAUGUUCCUGCGCCAGCGCACAUGUCGAAGAGCUGGAGGAGGCGCGCGGGGACGCGGCGGAUCCCGAGCGGCGCCGGCGCGAGGCGGCCGUCGUGCUGCAGGCGGGCUGGCGCGGCCGUGUCGGCCGGCGGGCGGCCCCGCUGCAGAGGAAGCAGUGCGGCGAGGAUCCCGCCGCCGACGGGCAGAAGGUCUCGACCCGCGAGACCGCGCCCGCGCUCGAGGUGGUGCACAUCCCCUCCGAGAUGGCGGCGCAGCACAGGGCCGCCGCGCGCGUGCAGGGCCUGUGCCGCAUGAGGCGUUCCAAGCAGCAGGCGGGCGAGCUGCGCAGAGCGCAGCGGGUGCGGGCCGAGCAGGCCGAGCGCGAGCGCGCCAAGGCGGCGGCGGGCCUGCUGCAGCGGGCCGUGCGGGGCUGGCAGGGUCGCCGGCGCGCCCUCGGGCUGAGGGCGGCGAAGCUGCAGCAGCAGCUCGCCGCGCUGGUGGGCGGCGAGGGCCUGGACCUGGCCGCGGAGGGCGGCCCGCGGCAGCAGGACGCCGGCUGGCUGGAGGGGGCGCUGCGCAUCGCCAGCGACGCCGCCGCCGCCCACGAGAAGCUCGGCGUGCGGCUGCGCCGGGCGCCCGCCGCCCGGGGCGCGGCCCCGGAGGCGGCCGGCGCCGCGCGGAGCAGCUCCUCCUGGGCCGUGGGCCCGCGCGCCGUGGCGGCAGGGCGGUUGGCCCUGGCCGCGCGCGCGGCGCAGGAGCGCUCCGCCGCGCGCUCGCGGGCGCUGCUGCAGGUUCAGGUCGCCGGCGCCCUCGCGCCCGUGUCCGCCGCCGCGGUGCGCGCGAUGGCGGUCGACGAGGGGCUCCUGGGGCGGCUGGCCGUGGAGGGCGCCGUGAGCGAGGCGGCCGAGGUCGCAGGCGCGGCGUGGAUCACGGCCGCAGUGUGCAGGAGCGUGGGCGACGGCGGAGGCCUGCCGGCAGGGGUGCCCCCGCCGCAAGAGGCGGCGCGCGCCGCGAUGACCGCGGCCUCCCGGCGCCUGCGGAUCGAGCUCGCCUGCUGGCGCGAGGACGCAUCCAGGGCCGGCAAGGGCACGGCCGAGGCGGACGCCGAGGCCAAGAAGGCGCUGGGCAAGCGCGUGGCAAAGGCCGAGAAGGAGGCGGAGUCCCGCGCGUAUGCCGCGCGCCACGCGGUCGUCCAGGCCCUGCAGUCCCAGCUGGACACGGCGCGUGCCCAGUGCCGCGGAGAGCUGGAGGCGGUGGAGGCGAUUUUGCAGAAAUUGCCAGGAGAGAAGAAGGCGCUGCUCAAGAAGCGCACGUCGGAGGCGGAGGCGGAGGAGAAGGAGUUGCGGCAGAGGCGCCAGGAGAAGUAUGCCCAGACAGUGGGGUUGCACAAGUUUGCGAUCGAAACGCAGAUCGAGAAGGAGCGGCUUGAGGGCACGCUCUACUCGAGUGACCCGAAGCUGUCGGUGCUCACACACGUCCAGGCGAGGGUGCAUGAGCUGGCCGAGGAACUGCAGGUGUUGGAGGUCGACGGCGUGAACAACCGAAAGAGUCAGGGCAUCCUGAUGCACACGCUCCGUGCGCUGGAGGGCCGUGCGGCCAAGGCAGUGAGCCUGCACGUGGACAAGACGCAGAUGCCAGAGAAGAGGGAUUCCGACAAGGACGACUACGUGCCGAGCGAUACCAUCCGCAAGAAGCAGGAGCGGCAGGCCGAGCAGGAGGUGCAGUUCGUGGAGGCCCUGGAGACGGAGGUCAAGAACCUGCGGGCGGACCUGCGGCUGAAGGCCGAGGCGGAGGUGGCGGCGCUGGGGGUCGCCCGGCGAGACGAGGCAGAGUCCCACCGGGAGGCCCUGGAGGAGGCCAGCAGGGCGCUCGCGGAGGCGCGCGCGUGGGCCGACGGCAGCAGGCGGUGGCUGGGCGCCGUCGUGCCACUCGCGAGGGCCAGCGCCCGCGCCUCCGAGGUGGCCGCGUACCUGCGCGACUGCCCGGCCGAAGGCCACGAGCUGCGCGCGCGGCUGAAGACCGCCGUCGUCCGCCUGGAGGACGCGCGGGACUUCCUGUCGGCCGUCAAUCCGGCAGACUCCCCGCGCGACGCCGGCUUUGACCAGGUAGCGUGCCGCAUCAAGCAGGCCUUCGCCUCGCUGGAGACGUGCCGCGCCGAGAACCCAGACCCGCAGAAGCCGAAGAGGCGCAAGAAGAGGGUCCCCUCGAAGGAGGUCGACGCCGUCGCCACCGACGCCAGCGUCGAAGGCCAGCGCUCGCAGCCCCUGCCGCCGCCCCCCGCCCUCGAGCCCGAGGGCCUGCCCGCCGGCGCGGGCGCCGGCGCCGGCGCCGCCGCGGCGCGGCAGAGGCCCAAGAGCGCCGUCUCCGUGCGGCCCCCGGCGUCGAAGCCGCGGCCCGCGGUGCGGGAGGAGGCCGCGCCGCUGCCCCCGGCGCCCGCGGAGGCUCAGGCGGAGCCUCAGGCCGAUGGGCAGAAGCGCCACAUCAGCAAGAGCUCGAAGAUGAUCCAGGGCCUCGCCGACCUCGGCGGGGAGCUCGCCGCCCUCGAGAGCGCCCUCGGCGACGGCACCCGCCGGGCCGCGCGCGCCCCCGUGCCGCCGCGGCCAGCCGCGCCGGCCGCGGGCGCCCGCCGCGCGCCCCCGAAGCGUGGGGCCGCGGCGGGGGACACGGCCGUGAGGCGGACGGCGAGCACGCCCGAGACGCCCCCGCCGCCGGUGCGCGGGGAGGGCGACGGCGUGAGGAAGGCGUCCUCGGUCCGAGGCGCCCCGAGCCACCUGGGCGCUGAGGUGACCAGGGUGCCCAGCGGCAAGAGGGGCGCGGCAGCGCCCAGGGGCGCCGCCAGCCCCAAGGGCGCCGAGAGGCCCAAGGCGGCCGUCUCCUAGCAGGCCAGCAACGGCAGCGGGGUCAAGACCGCGGCCGCGUGGGGAGUGUGAGCGCGUGAGCGCUGCGGCUAGUGCUUCCGCUGCGCGAGUGGCACAGCGCGGGUAUUCUCACCACAUCAUGUUUUUUUGGUUCAGGCAAACGCUGCUCGGAAUUGUCCUGUGUUCAAUCGCGCCCGCGUCAAGACGUGAGGCGCCGUUCUUGUGAAGACUUUCUGCUGGUGGUCAGGAUGGCCCUACUUGCUUUCGCGCCUUAUGUUUCGUGAUCAGUUUGAUAAUCAUGUGUUGGAGAAUCGUCGCCACGACUGGGCGCGGCUGAG